AUGGCUGUUCCAAGCUUUCAGCAGUUCUGGCUGAAGUGUCCUCGGGGCAGGACAGCACAGCAGCAGGGACGGAGGGACGAAGGCUCCGCGCAGAGGUCCCUGGCGGUCAAGAUGCCCAUUCUGAAGAGUCUAGGGGUGACAGACUCUAAGGUGCCUCGGGCAGGGACCCUGCCCCUGAGGUCCUCUCGGAACCCCUUUGAAGAAGUUCCAGGACUGGAAGAAGAGGAGGUUGGGGAGCUGGGGACCCUGCCCAAUGGAACAUCUUGUCGCCGCCGGGCCACCCUGGAGAAGCUGGCCGGCCUGGCCCCCUUCCGGCUGGGCUGGUCCCCCGGCCGGCGGGCCGGCAGCCCCGGAGACGCGCAGCCCCGCUCUUUCCUGGGCCGUGUGCUGACGCCGGGGGUGCGCAGGAGCUCUGCGGAUUUUGGGCUCCUGGCCAGGCUUCAGGGGACCCGAGCCCAGGGCGACGAGGAGGCCGCUGGGGAGGCCGCCCGGAGGCUGGCCUUCCUGAGACUGGGGCGCGGGCCCAAGCCCCGCCGAGCGUCCCUGGCAGAGAGGGUGGUGCCCGCAGGCGAGGCAGCCCCCGAGCCCCCGCCCAAGGUCUCCGAGCCCCCAAAGAUGAAAGAGCCUCUGUCAGUGCUGGAGAUCCUGAGCCUGAUCCAGCAGCGCGAGCUCGCGCGAGCCGACGAGCACAUCCUGGAGCUGGAGGCCGAGGAGCUGGCGUCGGGUGGCGGUGGGGAGGGCUUCCGUUGCCCAGACUCCCCCUCUCACAGACCCCUCUGUCUCUUACCCCCCACUCCCAGAGAGAUCCUAGGGCUGGUGGACUUGGUGGCCCUGGAGAACGGGGAGCUGGGGCCCCUUCUGUCUCCUGGCACCCUCCGGGGCUUGGAGGAUGAGUGCGUCACCGAUGUUAAGGCUCAGACUCGGGCAGCCCUGCUGCGGGUCCUGCAGGAGAAUGAGGAGCACUGGGGGAGCACGGAGGACCAGCCCAGCAGCCUGGCGCAGGACGUGUGUGAGUUGCUGGAAGAGCACACGGAGCGAGCCCCCCGCAUCAGCCAGGAGUUCGGGGAGCGGAUGGCCCACUGCUGCCUGGCGGGGCUGGCAGAAUUCCUGCAGAGCUUCCAGCAGCGGGUGGAACGAUUCCACGAGAAUCCAGCGGUUCGGGAGCUUCUGCCGGACACCUACAUCAGCAGGACCAUCUCCCUGGUCAACUGCGGCCCGCCCCUGAGGGCUCUGGCAGAGCGCCUGGCCCGGGUGGGGCCCCCCGAAAGCGAACCGGCCCGGGAAGCAGCAGCCAGCGCUCUGGACCGCGUGACCCGGCUCUGCCACCGUGUCCUGGCUGACCUGCUUUUCCAAGAGCUGCAGCCCUACUUCAACAAGCUGAUGCGCAGGAAGUGGCUGAACAGCCCGGACGCCUUGGAUGGCAUCGUGGGCACGCUGGGCGCUCAGGCCCUGGCACUGCGGCGGAUGCAGGAUGAGCCUUACCAGGCGCUGGUGGCCGAGCUGCACCGGCGGGCGCUGGUGGAGUACGUGCGGCCCCUGCUCCGCGGACGCCUGCGCUGCCGCUCGGCGGGGACCCGCAGCCGCGUGGCCCGGAGGCUGCGGGAGGACGCGGCCCAGCUGCAGAGGCUCUUCAGGCGGCUGGAGUCCCAGGCCUCGUGGCUGGACGCCGUGGUGCCCCAUUUGGCCGAGGUGCUGCAGCUGGAAGACACGCCCAGCAUCCAGGUGGAGGUGGGGGUGCUGGUGCGGGACUACCCCGACAUCAGGCGGAAGCACGUGGCGGCCCUCCUCGACAUCCGUGGCCUGCACAACGCGGCCGCCCGCCAGGAGAUCCUGGCCGUGGCCCGGGACCUGGAACUGUCUGAGGGGGCGCCCCUGUCACCCCCUCGGGACCGCGCCUUCUUCUCAGACAUCUCCGUGCCCCGGCCACCUUUCUGCCUCGGCCUCCCUCUCUUCCUGGGCCGCCUUCCCCUCUCCCGGCUGCCCCGGCCGGGUCUGGCCCGGCUGCCCCGGCUCCGGCCCCCGGCCCUAUCCCGGCCCCCCUCCCGGCGCUGAGACUCUUCCCGCCCUCCCCCACCUCCGUGCCCCCCAUCUUUGCUGCUGACAAACUGUUCUCCUGUACGCCCCCUCCUGACUCCCUGCCUGGGACCACAGACCACCGAGGAUGGAAACAUCUCUGGGGACCUUCUGGGCCACCCCCAGGCUCCCUGUGUGGAAGAGAAAUGGGCCAGAGGGACCAAGGACUUCGCCAAGGCCACCAAGUGCAUGCUGAACACCUCCCAGCCCAGCAUGGGGUGGGUGGCGUUUUGGAAGACUCUAGAGAAAUGUCCCAGCCCCCGCCCCCCCUUUUCCCCUCACCUCAAGGUCUGGCCCCGGUCCCAUGUAUUAAGGAAUGUACGAUACUUAGAAUAAAGAGAUUUCUAUUUAACACAAGGAA